AUGGCUAAUGCAUGUAUGUGCCUUUGCUUCCUCAUGAUCUUCUUCUACCUCUCUUCAGAGAGAAACUUUAUCAAAGUCAACGCAGAGAUGAAGACAUGGUGUGUGGCUAAACCUUCUUCGGAUCAAUCAACACUUCUGGAUAACAUAAACUAUGCAUGUUCACAUGUGGAUUGUCGCCUUCUUUCAAGUGGGUAUCCAUGUUAUUCACCCAGCAAUCUCAUAACCCAUGCUUCUAUCGCCAUGAAUCUUUAUUACCAAACUAAUGGAAGAAACUAUUGGAACUGCAAGUUCAAAAACUCUGGGCUCAUUGUCAUAACUAAUCCCAGUUAUGGAAACUGCUAUUAUGAAUACACAUGAAGAAAAAGCAUAUGGACGUGUUUAUGACAUUUUAGUUUUAAUUUCCAAAAGCUUAAAAAGUUUG